AUAUGCAAGUAAAUAAAUCCACAAGAUUGAAAAAUUGCGCAUCUUUACUCUUUUUCGAAAGAAAAAACAAACUAACGAUCUUUGUUCUCUCCCAACAAGGACAUGGUGAACGCUAGAAGGGAAGUGCUUGAGGGUGGGCGAAGACGCAGGUGGUUUGGUACAGUACUCGCGCUGGGUAUUUCAACAUUACUACUGUACUACACCAUAUACGAGGUACAUAAUAAUCGUACAUCAAAUUUCUUAAGAUUUGUCAAAGUAACAGACUGUUUGACCACCUCUUACCCUUCUAGUGAACAACAGAUGACGCCAUUUCUUUUAUUUCUUUAUAGGGCCCCCGCUGGAUCAGCCAACAGAGGAUGAAAAUGCAAUGGUUUUCGGCAAAAUCUUCCAAUGAUAUACCUUCAUUUCGAAAUAGGUGGAAUGAAUCUGCUGUAACUGAGAACCCGGUGUUGAAAACAACCAAACCGUUUUAUCCGGUGUUACAAACGACCAAACCGUUUUCUGCUGAGGUUUACUUGCAACAGCUUAAGUUUUCCUUGGCUUCUGAGGCAAGCAAGCAACAUUCUGUCGGAGAUACGUUACAAAUUGUUAUCUCUGCCAAAGAUACAAGAAAUAACAUAGUUACAAACAUUGGCGAUUUCUUUCGGGCGUCCAUCCUUACCAAAGUGAAAAGCAAGGCAGGUUCUGGUGCAGUCGGUAUCAUAAAGGACCACCAGAACGGUACUUACACGGCGACGUUCCGGCUGUUGUGGGAGGGGGACGUCACCAUCAAAAUCCAACUGGUCCUCCUACGGCAGGCUAUCGAUGUUAUAGAAAGAACUAAACGAAAAUAUCCUAUUGACCUAGUGACGUACCGAAAACGUUACAUAGUAGGAAACGACGAGAUCGACACCGAGUGUAAUGUAGACCCGGCCAUCUUUAAUAACACCAGUGCAGUUUGUAACUACUCGGACCCGCAUGCAGGCGCCUGGUGGUAUUGUGAGAAAGUCGCCAACAUUUCUUGUAACACGUCAGGCCACCAUGGCGAAAUUAGGCACAGAGACGUGAAUGGUGGAAAACUGUACGGCAGGGCCAACAGUGCACUGAAAAAGACAAUUUCUGGAUCUCCAUUCCAAAUUAAUGUUAAAAAAGGGCGAGAUCCUUUGGCCAAUCGCACACGGUGCGUCCGGGGACUGGCCACUCCACAAAUAUCUGGUUUCUAUCGGAACGGCGUGUGGAACUCUCUCGUCUGUAAGAACAGGCAUUUCUCCAGCCAGGCCGGCUGGCAGCAAUGUCUGAAGGGGAAAACUUUGAAUCUAAUGGGUGACUCUACCAUGCGGCAGUGGUGGGAACAUUUGUCCAGAAUCUUGGAAAUGAAAGAAACACUUAUUCCUGAUGCCAUACACAAAACUGGACCAUUGCUCGCCCGAGAUACUGUUAAUAACAUAACGGUAAACUUUCGUUCACACGGACCGCCUCGUCGUAUCGCUUUUACUUGGACGUUUCACCUCAAGUACGUCGCUAACAUCAUCGAUGAAAUUGAUGGAGGACCGAACGAUGUGAUAUGUAUUACUAUGUGGGCACAUUUUGCCUCGUACCCCGAGGAGGUCUACAGGAAAAGAAUGGAAGCCGUCCGUGCUGCAAUAGAACGUUUACUACACAGGAGCCCUAAAACUCUGGUGGUCAUCAAGUCGGCAAACACACGCAAGGGCAAUGAGUUGAUCUCCGGGGAAUGGCUGGCAUACAAGCUAGACUCGAUAAUGAGAGAAAUAUUCCAUGGGAUCAACGUUGUUCUUGUAGAUGCUUGGGAAAUGACCAGUGCACAGCACUGGCAUGAGGAUGCCAUUCACCCAGCCGAGGACAUCAUCGUACAAGAACUAGAGUUCCUUUGUUCUUUCAUUUGUCCCUUGUGAACAUAGAAUCUGCCGUUUGUGCAGUUUUCAAGCAAACGUUUCUUGCAUUAAAGCAACCUUCCAGUCUUAUGGACCUAACUACAAAAUGAAGUUUUCCAAGGUUUUUGAAUCAGUAGCCGAGCGG